AAAUUUGAGUUAGUGGUGGUAUUGAAUGUGUGUUGUAUGGUUGUCUUUAUGUUUAGUAUGUACAGUAGAGUCAGGCCUUUCUGAGUAUACAGCUAUACUUUUUCUAUGUGAAAAAGAUAAGGAAACACUCUAAAGCUUCCAAACAUAAAAAGAGAUGUGACAUGUCAGGGCCACAAAAAUAGUCAGGCCUCUCUUAGUAUACAGCCAUCUUCUUUCUAUGUGAAAAAGAUAUGCAAACACUGUAAAGGUUCCAAACAUAAAAAGAGAUGUGACAUGUCAGGGCCACAUAAAUAGUCAGGCCUUUCUGAGUAUACAGCCAUCUUCUUUCUAUGUGAAAAAGAUAAGCAAACACUCUAAGGUUCCAAACAUAAAAAGAGAUGUGACAUGUCAGGGCCACAGAAAUAGUCAGCCUCUGCAAACCUUAGGAUUGUAUGAUGAUGUUGUUAUUAUUACUAUUAUUAUUAUUGAGAGGCUUGGUGGCCAUCUGUUGGGAGUGUUUGGAUUGUGUCCUGCAUGGCAGAUCGUGGGAGGUGUUUGCUGGCCCUGAUUGUUUAGUGUCUGGCAUUCCCGUGUUUUAAGGGUGUUGUUUUUUAUUUGGUGUUGUGAUUUUAAGCUUGUUAAAAUAUUAGGAGAGAGAUUGUGUUGAUUGUCAUGGUUCAUAGCAUAUAUUUAAAAUAUAGAGUAUUAAAAUGGGUUGGAUAUUGUAGAAGGUUGGAGUGGAGAGAAAUGGUUUGGAUGAUGGGCGUAAGGACCCAGGGGACAGCUUUUUCCCAUUGCCUGCCUUCCCUGUUGCCGGCGGCCAUGAGGGCUUUUCUUUUCCCUCCCGGCAUGGCUACCGAUGGGGCCUUGUGGAUUCUCUCCAUGUGGAGGGGAAAAAAACAGCAUCUUUCCACUAUCCAGGAGGAGGCGGCAAUUUCAGUGGCCAGACGCUGACCCGGAGCCUGGUUGAAGCCUUCGGUCACCCUGAUGACAACGAGACCGAAUGGCGAGAGAACAUCGAUAUUGUCAUGAACUGGUUCACCAAAGAGGACUUUGAUUUUGUCACACUUUAUUAUGGGGAGCCUGACAAUGUUGGGCACAAGUAUGGUCCAGAGACGGAACAAAGGAGGAAAAUCAUCCAGCAAAUUGACCGAACCGUCGGCUACCUACUAGGCGCCAUUGAAAAGCACAACUUGAAGGACACUCUUAAUGUCAUCAUUACCUCCGAUCACGGCAUGACCACAGUCAGAAAGAAGCCUGACGUUGAAGAAAUCAUGUUGGCCAACUAUAUUAAAUUUACAGACUUGAAGUUUGACAUUGUAGACUAUGGGGGCUUUGGGAUGAUUCUCCCCAAACCGGGGAAAGAAGAGGAAAUCUACCAGGCCUUAAAAAAUGCCCACCCUCACCUGAUGGUCUACAAAAAGGAAGAGUUUCCUGACUAUUUCCAUUAUGCGAAACACGAGCGGGUCUUGCCCAUCCUGCUUUAUGGAGACCUUGGUUACAGUGUCAAUGGGAGGUUUAUCAUCUAUGUUUAUAAAGGAGACCACGGAUUCGACAACCAACACAUGGACAUGAAGAUCUUCUUCAGAGCUUUCGGUCCAGAUUUCAAGAAAGGCUAUGUGGCAGAACCUUUUGAUAGCAUCCAUAUCUACUCCUUGAUGUGUGAGCUUCUAAGAGUCCAACCAGAACCCAGCAACAGCUCUCUGGCAUUCACACAAAACAUGCUCCAGGCCCCGAGGAACUACCUCCUUCCCAUCAUUGUAGGCAGCAUAAUGGGCGUCCUGCUUCUUCUGAUCCCUAUUGCAGUCAUUACACACCACUGCAUUCAGAAGAAGAAGAGACCUAAGAACGAGCUGCCUGAAGAAGUGAAAAACACAGAGCUGCCGUCCGUCAGUUUGUGAUGCCACAUCUCCACGUUCAAAGGAGACCACCUGAACUUGGAAGAAAGUCCUCAAAAGCUUCGGGAGGUGAAAAGUCCUCUGGCGGCUGAAAGGGGCUUCAGGCUAUUGAGAGAUGGGAGUCCUUUUGUGGAUUUUUGCAAGACCGUCCCUUGAACAGCUAACAAGUUCAACCAAAUCCCUGCUCCUAUGUCACGCGUGUCACUUUCUAGGAAUGCUUGCUAAGGCGGCCAUCACAACAGAUGGAUGUGUGGACCACUUGUUAAUUUGAGUGUUGGACAUGGACAUCAGUGCAAGGAACUCAAAUAAACAGUAAAUAGAAAACA